UCUGUCUUAUACACCGUUCAUGGCGUGACGCAAAAUAAAGAAAGGUUAGAUUUUCUGUGAUGAAUUUUGUGAAAUACAAAGUUACAUAUCCCUUAUCAAAUUUACACGCAAUUUGUAUAAAGGCUUUAAAAAUAAUCGCUUUUCAAGAUGAUGAAAUAUACGGAAGGUGAAACUUUAAAGGAUAAUUCUAGAUGUGCUCAUAUUCGAGCAGAUUUGAAAAUGUGUAUGCUGGAAACCGAUUGUUGUAAAAUUCAAAGGCGUACACCUAGAGACUGUUUCCAAAGCAAAGAUCCUUCUAUACCCGACGAGUGUUAUUUUCUUCGUCAAACGUUUUACGAAUGCAAACAUUCGAUUAUUGAUGCAAGAAGGAGGUUUAGAGGACCAAGGGGUUACUAAUAUUAUAAGAGAAUACUCUGCGAGGCGGAUGGUGCUAUCUCGGCGACCAGUUCGGCCGCUGUGUCCCUUUGCAAAACCAGUGGAUGAGAAACCGGGGAUUCGAUCAGAGGAUCCAGCGGUUCCAGAGGUGUCAUGAAAUGUGCGAGAACGCAUUGUUUCGGGUCUUCGACCUCGAGGACCGACAGAGGACUUCCUGGCCUCUUUUUAUCUGCGAUCGGAGCGUGCUGCAACGAGUCGAAACAAAGCUGUGAUUGAAGAAAGAAAACGAUUAAUCAACUGAUGGGGAUUUGGCCAGCAUCCAACGUUAACUUUCACCAUCAUAAUGGCGACUCUCCUUCAACCCGGCGUGCUCGCGGCUUCACCUUUCGCAGAGAGACAGACGAAUGCCAGCUUGGUGUCGUCCGCUUCGUCCGAAAAAACUGAACCAACAGAGGGCGAGUGCCAUGAAAAUCAACGGAAGUCGAUGUUCGAGAUACACCGGAUAGACAGAGAGGGAACGAGAAGACGAGCGGAGUUAGUGAGAGAAUGAGACUAAAAACGAAGGCGGCAAACUACCGCUACUACCACUGGAAAAGCACGAGGUAACACAUCGCGACUAAUAACGACGAACCACUUGGAAUUAUCGCGCGACGUAAUGGUGACGGUGUGUUCCACCAAACCUUCCUUCUGUUUUCUGUGCUUCGCCCCUCCUGUUGCACGGUGGCGCUUAAACGAAAGUGCAAGUUUACACUUAAGGGAGGUGGAAAACCACGAUGACGAUCUACGAGGAGACGACGCGAGAGAGCAGUCACGCUAGCACGUGCCACGAUACCAGAAGGAUACCGUCGACCGAUUAAAAAGACCUUCUCAAAGCAGCAGCCCUAUCACAGUGUGGCUCGGAGGUGGUUCCUGUGGGGAUGGCGCAGUUUCUACGAUUUCAGGAAUAUCUUCCUCGUUCUCUUCUUCAAUAUCUUCGUCAAUUGGAGUCAACGUAUCUAAUAUCACAGGCUGAGUCUGUAACAAAUUUUAUUCAUUACUUUUAAAACGCUACAAAUUACAAAAUUUUUAUCGUACACUUGAGAAUUGUUAAAUCUGUGUACCUGCGGCGUCGUGCACCGUUUCAUUGCUGGAGCCAUGAAACUGGUUAUAGUGCUCAUUAAGAAGAAAAAUCCUGCCAUAAAGAAUGGGAUGCUAUAGGUUUUUGUCGCAUCGAAAACAGCACCUGCCAAAGGCGAACCAAUAAUAGCGGCAGCACCUCUGAAUAAAAUUAAAAGGCCAAA